GUUCCUUUUCUUUUAAGCUCGCAUUCGUAUAACGUAUUUUGUUUACGAUUAAUGUGAUUUCAAGUUAUUGUGUUUUGUUACACCGCUAUAAAACUCCUCCCUUUCAACUUAAACGGCUUGUAGCCUACACAGUGAGUGCACAUAAGUUUAUACCAGGGCAAGCACGCGUCCAGCUGUGUCAAUGACUUCGGACAUUUGUGUAGAUGGGACGUACUUUGAUCUUACGGAGCAUACAUGUGAACCAUGCAAACAUAAAUAUGAAAGUAAAAAGGGUUUAGAAUUCACUUCAAAUUGCGGACAGGACGAUCAUGGUAACCAAGUUGAUUAUAUAUACCAAAACUGCAGAAAAGGAACAUUUAACGAUGGAUCGUUUGAAAAAUGCCAACAAUGUACCCAGUGCUCAUAUGAGACUUUGUCUCCCUGCAAUUCCGAAUCCAAUGCCGUCUGUUGCCAAGAAUGGGAGGUUGUUAAAGAUGGACGUUGCGCUGUUCGACCAGUGACAACCACAGUGACAACCACCGUGAUAACAACUACGAGUAGAAACAAUAGCACGCAUGUCUCCUUCACUGAACCAAGCACCACUCUUACCCCCCCUCGUGUCAUUAAUGAGACAGCGUUGUUUGUAUGUGUAGGGCUUUUGUCUGUCCUUACUUUGCUCUGUAUGUUGUUUAUCCUAAGGAGGAGGACCAGACGUUCAAACCGAGAACAGAACUCCAAUGGAGAGAUAAGGGAAAUCCUGCCAUAUGAAAACUUUCCUCAAAAUGUUAUAUACACGCCAAUCUAUGAGAACAAAAAUACGGACUGGUCACAGCCUGUGACUGGCUCUUCAAGUAAACUGUUAGCUCCUGAGAUCCAGAAUGCACCUUUGAAUACAGUGCUAAACAACCUGGAUGUUCUCGAGGAACUUGUUUUGUUAUUGGACCCAGACAUAACUGGUGCAAAAAACACACGUCACCUUGCUGCCCAAUGCUCAUUUUCAUUCGCCUGGAUCAAUUAUGCUUACUUAAUGAAGGACCACAAAAGCCCUCUCGUCGCCGUCCUGGAGGGGGUCGUCGCCAAAAACCCGGAAUGGACUGUCGCUGAUUUUGCUAAACUGUUGACCGCUAUUGGUCGCAAUGAUGCAGUGGAGAUUUUAACAAAGCUUCCUGCUAUUGUAGUAUAAUUGGAAAAAAAACAAUGUAUAAAGCUUUUUGUAUAAUCAAUGCUAGUAUUAAAAGAUGAUGAAGAGAA